AUGGAUUGCUGCAAAAAGAAGCGAUGCAAAAAAGUGCCAAAAAGAAAAUCUGAUAAGAUCGAAAGAGUAAUUCAUUUGGAUCCGGAUGCGUUGAGAUGUGAGUUGAUCUGGUCUUACGCAUUUUGUGAAUUUGAUUUUUCAGACUUGAGAUAUCAAAUCGGUGGCAAAUACAAGACUGAACGGCAUCUGUUUCUGAAAAAGGAUUCGUCGAAGGAAAAUUCGCUGAUUGUCUCCAAUAUUCCCGCGUUCGUCGGAGAGGUUAGACACUUCUUCACUGUUUUCAAUAUGAUUCUAUCAAAACUUUCAGGAGGUUGUUCUGGCGAUAAUCAAUCAAUUCGCUCCGUUUGAAGUUGAAGAAUCGUUCGUCCAAAGAAGCAGUGCGGCGGACAGCUCGUUCUCGCAGGGACAAUUGACGAUGUCGAUCACUUACGAAAAGCCAGAAGCCAUUAUUCAGGUUCUGGCACUCUGUCAAGAUGUCGGUCCGUUCACUGUCACCGAUUUUCUCGAAGAUCCCGAAUUCCCGUCCGUUCUGAAGGACUCCAUAAGCCUAUAUAAGAAGCUAUUUCCGUCAGAAGAGCAAAUUCAAGAAAUGGCCGAGGCGUACGUUGAACGGUACGAUGUGGAGCAGGCGGAAGCGAGAAGAGAGGCGAAGAGGAAGUACACGGAGCCGGACGAAGACGGAUGGAUCACGGUGACGAAGAGCAGCAAGAAGAUGGCGAAGUCGGUGAAGCUGAAAAAGGAGGAAGUGCCGUUGAUGGGUGGACUCAACAACAAAAAGAAGAAGGUCGAUCUCGCCUAUUACACCUUCCAAAUCAAGAAGAAUCGCCAAGAAAGUGAGUUGUUUAUGAAACUCGCGCAAUUAUUGCGGUGUUUGUUUCAGAGGCUCAAGAGCUGCUCAAAAAGUUCGAAGAAGAUCGGAAACGUAUCGCUCAGCUCAAACAGGCUCGCAACUUCCGGCCGAUGUAA